AUGAUGGGAGAGUUGGAGGUUUUCAUCAUGGCGGCUUCCAUUUCGGGCUACACCUUCAGCGCUGUGUGUUUCCACAGCGCCAACAGCAACGCGGACCACGAAGGAUUUUUGCUGGGAGAGGUAAGACAAGAGGAAACUUUUAGCAUCAGUGACUCACAAAUCAGCAACACAGAAUUUCUGCAAGUGAUUGAAAUCCAUAACCAUCAGCCUUGUUCAAAACUUUUUAGUUUUUAUGACUACGCAAGCAAAGUUAAUGAAGAAAGUUUGGACAGAAUUCUUAAAGAUCGGAGAAAGAAAGUCAUUGGGUGGUAUAGAUUCCGGCGCAAUACGCAGCAGCAGAUGUCAUACAGAGAGCAGCUGCUCCAUAAGCAGCUUACCCGCAUCUUGGGCGUGCCGGACCUCGUCUUCCUUCUCUUCAGCUUCAUCUCCACUGCCAAUAAUUCCACUCAUGCUUUAGAAUACGUUCUCUUUAGACCAAAUCGAAGGUAUAAUCAAAGGAUAUCACUUACUAUUCCCAAUCUAGGCAAUACCAGCCAGCAAGAGUACAAAGUGUCUUCAGUGCCAAAUACUUCUCAGAGUUAUGCCAAAGUUAUUAAAGAACAUGGUACUGACUUUUUUGACAAGGAUGGAGUAAUGAAAGACAUCAGGGCGAUUUAUCAGGUUUAUAAUGCACUUCAGGAGAAAGUGCAGGCAGUGUGUGCAGAUGUAGAAAAGAGUGAGCGAGUCGUUGAAUCUUGUCAGGCAGAAGUGAACAAAUUAAGAAGACAAAUCACUCAGAGGAAAAAUGAAAAGGAACAAGAAAGAAGACUGCAGCAGGCAAUGUUAAGCAGACAGAUGCUGUCUGAAAAUUUGGAACCAGUGUUCAGUCCUCGUAUGCCCUAUUCUGGGUUUGCAGCUGAAGGUAGAAGUACACUUGAAGAUGCAGAGGCCUCUGAUCCUCCUCCGCCUUAUUCUGAUUUUCACCCAAACAAUCAAGAAAGUACUCUGAGCCAUUCUCGCAUGGAAAGGAAUGUUUUUAUGCCUCGACCUCAAGCCGUUGGCUCUUCUAAUUAUGCUUCCACCAGUGCGGGACUGAAGUAUCCUGAAAGUGGAGCAGAACUUCCUCCUUCCCAAAGAGCAGCUGGAGACAGUGGCGAGGAAUCAGACGACAGUGAUUAUGAAAAUGUGAUUGACCCUACAGAGCCCUCUAAUAGUGAAUACUCACACUCGAAGGACUCGAGACCCAUGACACGUCCUGAUGAGGACCCCAGGAACACUCAGACCUCCCGAAUUUAACUAAACAAAAGAAACUCUCCACUUGUCACUGUUUUUCUUAAUUGCUUACUGAGAGAGUUUUUUUUGAAGACUUAACCUCGGGGGAGAACUGCUUUCUUAGAUACCUUGACUCCCGGGAGGAGAGUCCUUGUGCACAACUGGAGAAGCCUCUAUCUGUUGGUUCUCACCUUCAGAUGCCGUGUGCAGGUUUCACGACAGAAUCAUUAAGAUAAUCAAAUUGUCCUAAUUCUGAUGCGAUUCAUGGAUGUACUGGUAAAUUAAGGCAAGUCAAACUUAUUAGUGUACUUUCUGUUCUUUAAAAUAAAUUGGAAAUUAGAGACUAAGCACAAUUAGUCUAUAAAUGUUCUAUAAAUCAAAAACUUACCUCUUGCACUAUCAUGCCUUGAAAUUUACUUUUUCAAAGGGAAGUGAGUUUAGCAGCAGCCUUCAAAGAACUUCUUUCUAUGAUGAGCCAAAUUCAUCUUUGCCAGAAAAGAAAUUUUGAUAAUUCCAAGAAGCCUGAUUGGAACAAAUCGGAUAUACCUUCUCUUGUCUGCAUGACUUUGUGAGAUUCAAAGAGAGGGCUUUGUUUCAACUUUUUUCUACUAGCUUGAUAUGUAUUGUCACUUAAAAUGGUUGCCUUUAAAAAAAAUGUAGAAAUACUAAUUACUGGUAAGUAAUCAUCCAAAUAAGUAUGUCAUAAAAUAAAUUAAUUAUUUUUCUCUUGGUGGAUUACAGUGACUACUGUGUUGCGCUAGCACAUUUAUGGUCUUUGUUCUAGAGUCUUAAAGGAAGGACACACAGCAGUGGAGAACAGAAAGGAGUUAUGUAUCAGACUUGAGUUUUAUGACGAACAGAUUCCAGAAACAGUGGAUUUAGCUGAGUUCAUAUGUGAGGGAUAUAAUUCAUUUAGAUCUUCUGACAAAUCCUAGUGUUAGUUUUAUUUGUGGAGGAAAGACAUUUAUUAAACUGUUUGGGAGUCUUGGUGAAUAAAGAUUCAUUUCAAAUCUGAAUGACCAUACUUAUUUUUUUUUUAAGUUGCCUUUUGGGAGAUAAUUAAGGAAUGUGUAGAGACUGUCAGGACGCCCUUAUAUUUUUAUUUAAUUGUGCUUGUUUUCUAGUUUUGCCCAGAAUGUGUGGAACCACUAGGACAUUCAUGAGCAUGGUGGGUUCCUGGUUUGCAAGGGGCACCACCCACCAUGUGAGGAGGUCAGCCCGUGAAGUUAGUACUGUACUUGGAGUUUAACUGCCUUUCCUUAGGACUAGUUAAAACUAGUUGUUAGAGAGGCUUCCAGGUUCCGAAAAAGUAGUUUCAUUUCAUAGGAUAGACAUUUACUCACCAAGCUACAGUUCCAAUACUAAAUCAGAUAAUAUGGACUGAAAAAUGCUCAAACUGCCAUUCUUUGGACUUCCACUCUUCGGGGGCCUGUAUUUUAACUGCUGUCCUGGGUUUGUUGGCCUUGUCCCCCUGCCAUUUGAUCUGACAUGUUGCAGACCACUUUGUCUGCAGAUGUGUUCCACUUUUGCCAGCUGCCUACCAGCUGCUUCAGCACCAGAGUGAAUUUAAUUUUGUUUAAGUGCCAUUGCCAUCUCCUCCGUUCAGAUUUUGACAUUCAGGAAAAUGUUUUUAUUUUUAUGCCAUACUGAAAUCUACAAUGUAUAUCUGACAAAGCAGUUAAAUGUGACAAUAAAAACUUAUUUAAUCACGA